AUCUCCCGUCGACGAACGAAUUUGGUAUCAUGGGUAGAUCCUCGAAGGACAAGCGGGAUGUUUACUACCGCCUUGCUAAGGAAGAGGGAUGGCGAGCAAGGAGUGCUUUCAAACUGCUGCAGAUAAAUGAUGACUUCAACAUAUUCCAAGGUGUGACAAAGGUUGUUGACCUCUGUGCUGCACCAGGAAGCUGGAGUCAGGUGUUGUCACGGAAACUCAGAGGUAUUGAUGGCAAACAGAGUGAUGCUAAGAUUGUGGCAGUGGAUCUGCAGGCCAUGGCUCCAAUUCCAGGGGUUAUACAGCUUCAGGGUGAUAUUACAAAGAAAUCUACAGCUCAAGAAAUCAUCAGCCAUUUUGAAGGGGAGAAAGCUGACUUGGUGGUCUGUGAUGGAGCCCCUGAUGUGACUGGUCUUCAUGACAUUGAUGAAUAUAUACAAGCUCAGCUUCUGCUGGCUGCUCUGAACAUCACAACUUUUGUCCUGAAGAAGAAUGGAACAUUUGUUGCAAAGAUAUUCCGAGGGAAGGAUGUGACCCUGCUCUACUCACAGUUGAAGAUUUUCUUUCCAUUCGUCACUGUCUUUAAACCGAGAAGUAGUCGGAACUCCAGUAUAGAGGCCUUUGUGGUGUGUCAGAGCUACAGUCCCCCGGAUGGCUACACACCCAACAUGUCCAACCCCUUGCUGGAUCAGCACUAUGAUGUGGACUUCAACAAUCUAGAAGGCCCCAACAGAGUUAUUGUUCCCUUCCUAGCCUGUGGUGACCUCAGUGGCUUCGACUCGGACCGGACGUACCCACUGGAGCUGGAGCCAGGUAAAGGCUACACCUACCACGCCCCUACUCAGGCUCCGAUAGACCCGCCCUACAAACAAGCCUGUAUCCUAAGGAAGUCUGACAAACUGGCCAAACAAGGGGCUCGACUCACUAAUACCAGUAACACUAGUUGUGUUGAGAGUAGUGCACAAGAGACUGAAAGCAGUGGUGUGGACAGCAGUGUUCAAUCAUGUGAAACCAGUUGUGAGGAACAUACUACCAAAAGUGAAGAAGAUGCAUUAGCUGGCGCUUGUGGUGGGAUUGGAAGGUUGAAACUGGAAACAUGACCCGUGAUGUGAGAUAACUGUUAUCUGAAUGCUCUUAAACAAUUUUUAUUGGGUUUUAAAUCUGAAGAGAGAGCUGCUGUCUGUACAGGAUAUACAGCAUAUAUUGUUGAAGUAACAACAUACAAACUCAUUUUCAUAAUGAUAUGGAUGGAUGUCUGGGAAUUCCAUAGGUUAAAAUGUACCUGGUGGAACUGAGGCCUGUGAGUGAGUGAGUGAGUGAGUGAAUGCUUUUGAUCACAUUUUUUUUAAAUGCAACGAACCCUCAAACUAUCUCAUUCACCUCAUACUCUCUCAACCGGCUACUCUGGGAAAGCCUCAAUAAGAACUAUUAGGAAGAACACUUUUUCAAUUCCUCUGCGAGGUUGUCUUUAAAGACAGGUUUAUUCUAUCAUAUAAAAGAACACAUCUGAGGAUAGCAUGAUAACUAUUUCAAUAGUGUUGUGAUACAACAAUAUAGUGAUUUUAUUGUCAGGUAAGUCAAAGUACAGCUGAAGGAGGUACCUCUUUUCUUAACUACUCGGUGAGGAUUCUAGUGUGGAGUAUAGCAUGUCCUACAGCUGUUGUAACCAGUGAUGUGGUUGACUGAAUGUACUUCAUUUGUGUUGAGGGGCGGUGGGGUAGUCUAGUGGUUAAAGCGUUGGCCCAUCACGCCAAAAACCCGGGUUUGAUUCCCCACAUGGGUACAAUAUGUGAAGCCCAUUUCUGGUGUCCCCCACCGUGAUAUUGCUGGAAUAUUGCUAAAAGUGGUGUUAAACCAUACUCACUCACUCACUCAUUUGUGUCGAUGUCAGUGACUGGAUUGUCUGGUUCAGACUUGCUAAUUUAUCUAACCUUAUUGGGUUUUUUAAUCCCAGUUCACCCUGGGUUCACCCUGGGAUCUAGGUUUGUCAGCACUAGACCUAUGUUCUUGGGUUUCAUCAAAGUGGAACAUGUAUGAGACCUUCAUCACUUGGGACUUUGCUCCUGAGUUCCGCUGACACACUGUGAUAUAAGUGGAAUACUGUCAGUCAUGUUAGAUCCAACUCACCCACACACAAAAUAUGUGAAGCAGUCCACCUAGUCACAACAUUAGGCAGACAUGCAAGAUUUAGCUACUGAAAGAAUGGCAUCAUGCUCUAUCUCACAGAUGCAUCAUUGUUCAUAUAUCAGGGCGGUGGGGUAGCCUAAUGGUUAAAGCGUUUGUCACGCCGAAGACCCGGGUUCGAAUCCCCACAUGGGUACAAUGUGUGAAGCCCAUUUCUGGUGUCCCCCACCGUGAUGUUGCUGGAAUAUUGCUAAAAGCAGCGUGUAAAACCAGUCAGUCAGUCAGUCAUACAUCACUUAGCAUCCAAGGAAACAAUAUGUAUCCCUUGUGCUACUGGGACCACAUGAUUGUCAGGCUUUCACUGUUGCAGCUCCUAUAGACUAUCAGUAAUCAGUACCAUAAGAUCACUUUGUGCACCAGGGCCAUCUGAGUCAAGGUCAUUGAUGUAUGAUAAAAAACCUCCAUAAGGUUGACCUUGAUGAACUUUAUGUCAUUGCAUCAAAUGUUUACAAAACUAUUCCUGCAAAUAAAGACAACAAGAAAUA